GCUCGGCUCGGCUCUUCCCGGCUUGGCUCCUCUCGACUCGGCUCCUCCUGGCUCGGCUCGGCUCGGCUCGACUCGGCUCGGCUCCGCCUCGGGAGCGCAGGCAGAAGCCCGGCUUACUGGAUCCGCCCCUCCCUCUGUCUUCUGGUCGUAGAUCGUGUGCGAGGCCCGGACUCGGAGCGCGGAGACCGGUUUAGGGUAGCGGCGUGCCGGGAAGGGCGCAGCAUCCUCGUUUCUAGGACGGUCGGACCGAGAGGAGGCAAAGGGGUGUCGCGUCCUGGUCGCUGCUGGAGCUCCAAGGUGACCAAGGAUGGCAGGGAGGAUGUGACCAUCAUCUGCCUUUGUCUGCCCUCCUAGUGGCCCCACCAUGCAGAAGCCCAGUGGCCUGAAGCCCCCUGGUCGAGGGGGCAAGCACUCCAGUCCCGUGGGUAGGCCAUCCAUAGGGUCAGCUUCAUCCUCUGUGGUGGCAUCAGCCAGUGGCUCCAAGGAAGGGUCUCCCCUGCACAAGCAGGCGUCGGGCCCCUCCUCAGCCGGAGCCGCCACCGCUGUCUCUGAGAAGCCAGGUCCAAAGGCAGCUGAAGUGGGUGAUGAUUUCCUGGGAGACUUUGUGGUGGGCGAAAGGGUGUGGGUGAAUGGCGUGAAGCCAGGCGUGGUGCAGUACCUCGGUGAGACACAGUUCGCGCCAGGCCAGUGGGCCGGCGUGGUCCUGGACGACCCAGUGGGCAAGAAUGAUGGAGCGGUGGGUGGCGUGCGCUACUUCGAGUGCCCGGCUCUGCAGGGCAUCUUCACGCGGCCCUCCAAGCUGACCCGCCAGCCCACAGCAGAGGGCUCAGGCAGUGACGCCCACUCAGUGGAAUCCCUCACUGCCCAGAACCUGUCCUUGCAUUCUGGCACCGCCACACCCCCACUCACCAGCCGAGUCAUCCCCCUGCGGGAGAGUGUCCUUAACAGCUCCGUGAAGACAGGCAAUGAGUCUGGUUCCAACCUCUCUGACAGCGGUUCUGUGAAGCGUGGUGACAAGGACCUCCACCUGGGAGAUCGUGUGCUGGUCGGUGGGACGAAGACUGGCGUGGUACGAUAUGUUGGGGAGACGGACUUUGCGAAAGGCGAGUGGUGUGGCGUGGAGCUAGAUGAGCCCCUUGGGAAGAACGACGGGGCCGUGGCAGGCACCAGGUAUUUCCAGUGCCCACCCAAGUUUGGUCUCUUUGCACCCAUCCACAAGGUCAUCCGAAUUGGCUUCCCAUCCACCAGUCCAGCCAAGGCCAAGAAGACGAAACGGAUGGCUAUGGGCGUCUCGGCCUUGACCCACAGCCCCAGCAGCUCCUCCAUCAGCUCUGUCAGCUCCGUGGCCUCCUCAGUUGGCGGCCGGCCCAGCCGGAGUGGCCUGCUCACAGAGACCUCAUCACGCUACGCCCGGAAGAUCUCAGGCACGACAGCCCUGCAGGAAGCGCUGAAGGAGAAGCAGCAGCACAUUGAGCAGCUUCUGGCUGAGCGUGACUUGGAGAGGGCCGAAGUAGCCAAGGCCACCAGCCAUAUCUGUGAGGUGGAGAAGGAGAUCGCCCUGCUGAAGGCACAGCAUGAGCAGUAUGUUGCAGAAGCCGAGGAGAAGCUGCAGCGGGCACGGUUGCUGGUGGAGAACGUGAGGAAAGAGAAAGUGGACCUGUCCAAUCAGCUGGAGGAGGAGAGGAGGAAGGUGGAGGACCUACAGUUCCGGGUGGAAGAAGAAUCCAUCACCAAAGGAGACCUAGAGCUCACCACAGUGGCCGAGAAGUCUCGGGUGCUGCAGCUAGAAGAGGAGCUGAGCCUGCGGCGCGGUGAGAUCGAAGAGCUGCAGCAGUGUCUCCUGCAGUCGGGCCCACCACCCCAGGACCACCCUGAGGCCGCCGAGACCCUGCGGCUGCGAGAGCGACUGCUGUCGGCUAGCAAAGAGCACCAGCGAGACAGCACCCUGCUCCAGGACAAGUAUGAGAAGAUGCUAAAGACUUACCAGGCUGAGGUGGACAAGCUCCGGACGGCCAACGAGAAGUACGCACAGGAGGUGGCAGACCUCAAAGCCAAGGUCCAGCAGGCCACCAGCGAGAACAUGGGGCUCAUGGACAACUGGAAAUCCAAGCUGGACUCCCUGGCCUCCGAUCACCAGAAGUCCCUGGAGGACCUGAAAGCCACGCUGAACUCUGGCCCCGGCGCUCAGCAGAAGGAGAUCGGGGAGCUGAAGGCGCUGGUAGAGGGCAUCAAGAUGGAACACCAGCUGGAAUUAGGCAACCUGCAGGCCAAGCACGACUUGGAGACAGCCAUGCUCGGGAAGGAGAAGGAGGGCCUGCGGCAGAAGCUGCAGGAGGCUCAGGAGGAGUUGGCCGGGCUGCAGCAGCACUGGAGGGCGCAACUGGAGGAGCAGGCCAGCCAGCACCGGCUGGAGCUCCAGGAGGCCCAGGACCAGUGUCGCGACGCCCAGCUGCGCGUGCAGGAGCUGGAGGGGCUGGACCUGGAGUACCGUGGCCAGACUCGGGCCAUCGAGUUCCUCAAAGAACAGAUCUCCCUGGCCGAGAAGAAGAUGUUGGAUUUCGAGAUGCUGCAGAGGGAGGGAGAGCAGCUGCGGGAAAAGCUUCUGGUGGCUGAGAAUAGACUCCAAGCCGUGGAGUCCCUGUGCUCUGCCCAGCACAGCCAUGUGAUCGAGCCCAAUGACCUUUCUGAGGAGAAGAUUCGCAUGAAAGAGACUGUGGAGGGCCUGCAGGACAAACUGAACAAGAGAGACAAAGAGGUAGCAGCCUUGACAUCCCAGAUGGACAUGCUCAGGGCCCAAGUAAGUGCCCUGGAGAACAAGUGCAAAUCAGGAGAGAAGAAGAUGGAGUCUGUCCUGAAGGAGAAGAGGCGUCUAGAGGCAGAGCUGGAAGCUGUGUCUCGGAAGACCCAUGAUGCCUCUGGCCAGCUGGUCCACAUUAGCCAAGAGUUGCUGCGGAAGGAGCGGAGUCUGAAUGAGCUGAGGGUGUUGCUGUUAGAAGCCAAUCGCCACUCCCCAGGGCCCGAGAGAGACCUGAGCCGUGAGGUGCACAAGGCAGAAUGGCGGAUAAAGGAACAAAAACUGAAGGAUGACAUCCGGAGCCUGCGUGAAAAGCUGACGGGGCUGGACAAGGAGAAGUCCCUGUCAGAGCAGAGACGCUACUCCCUCAUUGACCCAGCGUCAGCGCCCGAGCUACUGCGACUGCAGCACCAGUUGGUGAGCACGGAGGAUGCCCUGCGGGACGCACUGGACCAGGCCCAACAGGUGGAGAGGCUGGUGGAGGCUCUGAGGGGCUCAGACAGGACUCCGACCAUCAGCAAUUCCGGUUCUGCCAACGGUAUCCACCAGCCAGACAAGGCCCACAAACAGGAGGACAAACACUGACCCAGGGACGCCAUGAACCAGCCCCAUUCCCACCAGAGCCCCGCCGGGCUUCCCAUCUGCGGCUCCACCUCCAGGCAGGAGCCAGAACUAUCUCUUUGGAGAUGAGACUGUGUUUGUAUUGUCCUCACCGCUGUGGACAGUUCCCACCUGAACCCCCUGCCGGACCAGGAGGCUCCCACAGACACGGCCUUCCACAGAGCGCGGUACAGCUGGGCCUGGCCCCAGACAACCUCUCUUGUCCCAAGGCGCUUCUGGACUUUGCAGAGGCUGGAGUGAUCCAAUUAGGCCUCUCUUGGCUACAGCAGGCUGCUCUGAGUCUUGUCUGGGCACCUGGGUACUUGCCUGCCUCCCUUCCCUUCUGGUGUCCCCAGGUCUCUUGCAGGCCUCUGAGAAGUGGUGCAGGGCCCCUGCUUGGACACCUACACACUGAGAAGGGCUUCAGUCUUCAGAAACUAGGAAGGGCAUUCUUGACUCUUUUACACAUUGGUACAAGGUCUCUUGGGCCUCUUUAGCCAGGGGAGAUUUGGGGAUUGACAGGCUCCUCCUUCCUCAACACCAGGCUAGUAUGCAUACUUACCCCACCUGCUGCCCAGAAAGCAUUGAGCAGACAGCUACAGUAUUAGGUGAGCACGCAGACCUUCCUCCUCCCCUCCUGACCUUGAGCCAGGCCUGGCUUGGGGCUUGGAGUCAAGCUGGAACAGGUACAAGACUCCGUAAACAAAGCAUUCACAUGGUGUUUUGCUGGGGGGAGAGAAAUAGAUCUGGUUCCCUUUAUUUCUGGGAACCCCUGCCAUGUUCCUCCAAAGACUCCAGCAACCCACAGAGGGCUCUGCUCCUGUCUUCCCAGGGUGGGACCACAGGGGGUGACCGCUAUGAUAAGUUAUAAGGAUGGCCCAGGUGGCCUCCAUGAGCACCCCUGGGGACCAGCAGGUGGCGCUCAUGCUCGCCUGUCGGGAGGCGUCGAAUUAGCAUCUCCACCCUCCUUUCUGCUUUGGGUAGCGCUCGCCUUUAACAACAAGCAGCCUAGAGCCUAGAGUUGACGCUUUAGUGGCCUAACUGCAGAGCCAAAUAUUGCUCUUUUCAGCACAAUCGGGCAGCUCACGGAUUAGGAACUAAUAGCCAAAGGCUCCCACAGUAGGGACCAAAAGGGGCUGAGCCCCACCCCGGAGUGGGCUUGCACCUGGGAGGUGUGCAAGAAGCCAUUUCCUCACAAGCACUGGCCUUUGAAGGCCCCCUCAGCCUACCCGGUGUGACCACACAACUGUGGCUCAGCCGUCCCCUCCCCACCCCUUCUCCAGUGGAAUUGUGGAAGUGUGGCAGUCCUUGUUUGGACAAUAAAGCUUGUGACUGAG